ACGCUUUGUUUUUUGCUCUGUGUAUGAUGAUAAUAACGUCUUAUAUUGGUUAAGUAUUUUUAAAUAUGCUUUACGGACGCUUUGUAUUUUGCUCUGUGUAAGAUGAUAAUAACGUCUUAUAUUGGUUAAGUAUGGAAAUAUGUAGUAAACAUCUCUUAUCUUGCAGCGUAAUAUUUGCUGCUUUUUCGAUAAUCACAUAAAGUUGUUCACUGCUCCAUAAUAUCUUUGCUGAAGAUGCAUUUAAGUCAGUCUGGUUUUGAUUUGCGGAUAGACAAGUAACUACAGUCAGAGCAAUGCGGUUGUCUAUUGUAUUAGUGGUAUUGUCAAUUUACUUAAGGACCUCGUAUUCAGUAGUUUGCGAGGGGGAAGAAUGUCAAGCCCAGUGUGCAGCUUACUGUUUUGGGCUUUUGAAUCCCUGUAUGUCGAACAUGGCGAUCCUACAAAGGAGGACGGAAGCCUGUGAGGCUGCUGUUACUAUUGCGAGAAUUGCCCUUAACGAUCGAAGACUGGAUUCUUUUGGCUCUCCAUUGACAAUUCAUUCGGAAAAUAUAAAUAAUUCUCAGCUAUUAUUAGCACCAACUCCGGAAGCUAGAAAAUUGGAAAGGAUUGACAUGUUUCUUCAACUGGGUAACAAAUCGUAUUACAUUGAGAAGGAUCUAAAGUUGAACUGGCACGAUGCUCUGGAAAAAUGUCAUAUGAUAGGUGGCCAUUUGGCUAGCCCACAAAAUCAGGAGGAACUUGAUAGCAUUGGCAGUAAAUUUUAUGGUCUGAAUCGCUACUGGAUCGACGUGACCUCUCAGUUCAAGGAUGAUGAAUACGUGUCUAUAACUAAAGGAUCCAAAGCCAAGUUCCUCAGUUGGGCAGAUGGUGAACCCACCAAGGACGGCAAGUGUGUGGAUAUACGAACAUUCAACGGAAAGACUACCAUGAAUGAUAACAAUUGCACUGCAAAUCUUUACUUUGUUUGCGAAAAAUCUAUCUAAAUUAAGAAAAAAAAAGAUUUGUGUUUUAUCAUUUGUUUUCAAAAUCCAUAGCAGUCGGAUGUCCGUAAACCAGUCUUAAGGGAUAUUGUUUAUAAAAUGCAAAUAAUAUUUUCUUAUUCGAAAGAUUCGCAAACUAAUAAUAAUAUUAUAGAGCAGUCCACUUAAAUAAAUCUAAAAUCAACUGAGAAUUUGUUCAUUACUUUGUUUUAGAACUCUCCAAGUUUUCAAGGUUUUCCAUUGGCUACUAAAAGUCUGGCAAAUCUUUUCUACCGAUCGAGAUAUAUUUAUAUGUAUAUACAGAGAUCGAUUGGCUUACGCAUGUGCAGUGGAAACUGCAGAUCGACAUUUACGCUUAAAUCAUAUUUUAUGGCUUUUCAGCUGAAAAUCGAAUGUUAACUUGUUUGUUUCGUUCUGCUUUUCAGCAACAUUUUGGCGAUUGUUGUUGUGGUUUUUUUUUUGCUGCCAACUUGCUUGUUGGCCGAUUCAAUUCAAGUUCGCAUCGGGCCAAAGCCAAAGUCGAAGUCGAAGUUUGUUCAACCAACUUGAUUCGAUUGCGAUCGCGAAUUAAAAACAAAAACGUGAACGCUGCACGCACUUAGUUUUUUUUUUUUCUUUUGUUGCUUUUGUUUUAAAGCCGCCUGCAUCAUAUAAUGGGAUUAAGUUGACUCAGAACUAAAUUUUGAAGCCGCUUGUUUUUAUUAUAUAUAUUUGAAGCAAAAUUAUAGCAUGACGAUAUCAAUAUUUUAUUUUUAAAUUUAGUGAUUUUCUGUAAUUUUCCUUUGUAAUCAAAUUCAAUUCAAACAUCUAAUAAUUUGGCAAGCCCUCUUACUUGAUAACAAUCGGUUAACAUGACAUGACAAUAUACAACCCACAUUGAGAUCGCUUCAUAUAAAUUUUUCCAUGCACGUCGUAUUGUUUGCCAUUUUUUCUAAGCUUUUUUAGUUGCAUUAAAUUUCAUUUUAUUAGCAUUUUCUUUAAAUCACUUCCUUUAGAUGCAAACUGCAUACAAAUGCGGAUCUGCCAGAGAUUUGCAUUUGAAGUGCCGCUCUCGAGGAACUCGAUAGCUAAGACUGGAGCUUAGUAUAUAUCAUAUUUCUUGAGUUAUUUCUAACACUAUUACUGGUCACUCAAAAGCUGGCAAUUAGCACGUUUUCCAAUUUGACGCCACGCGUCUUGCUCCAUUGAACAGUUAUUGCAGGGGCUAUAUUUUUUGUUUUUGGUUUGGCUUAUAGCAAUAGCGAUAACGAUGACGAACGAGCAUUACCAUUGUCGUCACACCUGCUGGCGAAACUAGCAAUGCAUACCUGAGUUUAUCUGGCUACCAUUUGAUCGCGACUCGUGCUGCAACGUCAUAGAAAACAUGGAAAGGUGGAAAAGUUGGAAAAUCUGCCACUACCUGCAGUCAUGUGACCGAUCUGUUCACGUGAUUUGGCAAGCGAGGGGCAACUAAUUUGCCACUAAUAGCGAAUCUAUGUUGCAAGUGUUUUCCGCGGAAAAAUGGCAGAGACAAGCUUCCAUUAUAUUGCCAAUAAUGCUACUCGAUUUCAUUAUGGUUAUUAUUAACGCUUUCAAUAUGAUUGUUACAUUGCAUCUUUCGGUUCGUAAUCAGAAAUUGGAAAGGAGGACAUUUUACCAAGGUGCUUGCAAAGUGAAAAUGAAAUGUUCAAAAUGUUUUAUUAUUACAAAUAUUGUAAUUUUUUACAUUCAUAUUAAAAGUUUAUUGUUUACGGUUUGGUUAAAUAUGGUCAUUAUGAUAAUAGCAUUGCAACUUUUGAGUUGUAACCAGAAGUUUGAAAGGAGUACAUUUUUCACAAGUGUUUGCAAAUCCAUAUUACUCAUACGACAUGUAUGUCGGUGAAGUAGUACUUUAAAGCCAUUACUGUCCAAAUACUUUUCA